AACACCACAGACAAGAGGAGCAAAAUAUUCGAAACAAUCUUAAUGAAAGUUUCCCGAUAUCAUCCAGCUUCGUUGUUCCUCAUCGCCGGCUCAUUGCUUUUUUUACAAGUUGUGAAAAAUUAUAAAGGAAACAUGGUUUCAAGCUACUAAAAAUUUUUUAAAUGACAUUUCGAUCGUACCUUAAUAAUGUCGAUAUUCCAUUAUUUUACCGCUUCUUCUAUCGACAAACUUCACGUUAGUAGUAUAAUUAAGAUUUAGAGAAAAUAUUAAUUAUUCACUUUUAUAGAACACUAAAAGUAAUUUAGUUCUUUUUUUACGGCUUUGCAUUAGUUUGUAAUGACAUUUUUUAAUGGAGAGAUAGAGAGAGAGAGAGAGGUUAUUGCACGUACAAUAUAAAUAUACAUAGGACGUAAACCCCUAAUAUCAGAAACCAGGUAGUCGACCGCGUAUCACGUGAUGCCGUCUUUCAGGCGUCGUCUUUUAACCCUAGGGACUUUUAUUCAAGCGCGUAGGCGCUGUUGCCAAACCUGAACCAUUGUAAAAGAGCAUCGGGAGGCAGCAGGUUGUUUCCACGGAGUGGCAAAGUGGUUGGCCCGUUGCUUGGCUACGAAAGCAAACGGACAUGCCUGCCGCUCAGUCACCCACGAGAAGGGAAGAAACAAGUGUUGAAAAUGGCGACGCAUCCAGACGAGCCAUAGUGAUGCAGUGGUCGCAUAGUGAAAUUGUCUGUUCCGAUCGUGAAAAGUGAUCACGGGGAUCCCUACAAUCAUCAACAGGGCCAAAUGACAUGGGAAUUUGCAGCAGGAGACAUUUUCUACUGACAAUAUGCACUCUACAGCUUACUCUCUUAUGCUGUCCCUGACAUUCCACUGUUUUCCAUGAUAUAUUCAUGCAACGUGAAUUCUGCCAAGCGAGGAAAAUACAAAAGGCGCAACAAUCGCAGUGGGAAAACUUGAAAAAUAAUCACCACCAUAGAGCGCCAAGUGUUCGACUUCCUGGGGUUUAUGUGGGCGCCGAUACUGGUCAACUUUUUCAACAUCAUCUUCGUGAUCCUUGGAUUUUUCGGAGCCUUUCAGUACAGGCCUAAAUAUAUCAUUUCGUACUGCGUAUGGAAUACAUUAUGGCUAGGCUGGAACAUAUUCAUCGUAUGUUUCUACCUCAGCGUGGGAAUCCUGGAUAAGAAUAGCGACAUUUUAAAUCUUGGCACUGGCAGUUUCUCUUGGUGGCAAAUCAAUGGACCAGGGUGCAAAGCUGUUUACAAUGUCACUGAUCAAGAAUUAUUUAGACCAGCCAGGCCUACCAACGUGACGGAUUGUGUCUUGGAAUAUGAAGUUAUUGAGGUUCUGCACGCGGCAACGCAAUGCCUUCUAGCGUUCAUGGCCGUCGUGGGUGGAAUCUGUCUGAGUCGUGUGUUCCUAGAAGAAGAUGACAGUUCACAAACUAAAAAGAGGAAAAAACAACCACGUCCAUUGUACAGCAUCGAGUACUCUCAGCCAGAGCCACCAAUUCAGGAUGACAGCGUCUCACCGAAACCGAUGACACCUCGACGUGUCAAGCGACGCUCCGUCAUAUCUCGGGACGGCACAAGACGCUCCAGCAGAAGAAGUUCGGUGCGGCAAUCUCGUAGGAAGAAUCCAGUAAACAGGAUAAUGGACCAGCAGGAAAGCCUCUACGCGAAUACGCCACCUAGCAAUUUGACAAAUCAAAACGUCAACUCGCUGUCACAGGGUACAAUUAAUUACGACAGGAUCUCAAAUACCUGGGACAGGGACAGAAAUUCAAAUUGGCAGCCGGAGGCUGUCAACAUGGCGGUAUCUUCGCCGGUUGUAUGGAAUCAAGACUCUAAUUACUCAAACACAAGCAAUUUCUCUACUCAAAAUUUACCCAAUUGGGAUGGUAGCAGCUCUACCAGGAAUCUCACUGACAACUGGCAGAACAACGAAUUGAAUCCUAUGCAGUGGCAGGGUCAGAGUAAUCCUACUUUUCAACGAACCAGCACUCAGAGUCUCAAUGGGGAAGAUAUGGAUGAUCUUUAUAGUAACAGACCAGCAAGUGCCAGGUCAAGUUACAGCAAUUAUCAUGGCGUCAGGGCGACACCUCAGGUCCCAAGUAGAACCGACAUUGUUCGUCAGAGCCAAAAACAAUUUGUACUCAGUGGACCUCCUGCUUAUCAGGAUACAGUGAUCUGACUUUUGGGUCUGGUGUCAGGCUUGUACUGCGUUUAGAAUUAGUAGCAGGAUUUUUGUACGUUACCGAGCUAGAACUGUGCGUGAAAGAGUAUUGUGAUUUGGUGGCUAAUUCACACACCGCAAUCUUUGCUCAACGGCUCGUUUACUUAGAAGGGAAUGAAAAUAUACAUUUUUCAUAUCUUCAUUUCAGUAACUUUUCGACUGUUCUUGUAAGACACUGUUAACUUUAGAUGUAUCUUGCCUCUUUGGUACGCCUCGCUGACACGCCACCAUUUUCUGGUGUCAAGAAUAACAAUUUGUGAUUCGUGUUGAACGAUUAAUUUUUUUUUACUGUUUAGAAAAACAAUCUCAUCAUAAUCUAACGCAUUCACCAUCGCCGACAAUGUUAAACGCGUAUUUAUAUAUUUUUCAUUGUAACGCUGCAAUCUCUGUUACGCACUUAAUCAAAAGCUAGCAUUAUACCGAAUCUUAUCUGUACAUAGCCAAAAAUUACGCAGCAGUCGCCAUUCUUAACCCUUAGAAGACUGGAAGUCAAUUUUUCGACUCUACAUCGGUCUCAUAUUUUUUCUACAGUAUCGCUUUAGCAUAUGUAUUAAAGUUAAAAGUCAAUAACUGUAGAAGUCGUUUAAAAAAUCCGCUCGUCUAAGGGUUAAGGACUCAUUUCUUUUUUUAUCGUUAACUACAUACAGAUGACAAUUACCAUCAUCAUUAUCAUUCACUGAGAUGAUUUAUUCAUUCACAUUACAUUCAGUGAUACUUUGUCAAAUAUUCCUCACAUUUUUUGUUCGCCUUUUUAUUUUAAAUCUAGAACAAUCAAAUACACACAAAUUUCGAUUUGAUAUAUGCAAUUUGUACUUGAUAUACAUUAUACAUAUAUAUAUAUAUUUACACUACAGUCUUCCAAUUCGAUUGUGCGUUGCCUAUUAAAGGCAGCCGAAAUUUUUACUGGUACACGAAUGCUUGUAAUAAUUGUGACACAAUGAUAUAUGCAAUCGUAUCUACAUACGGCGUGCAAUAAUUGUAUGGAAUGGAUUUUUGUAUUUGUAGAUCUCUUGGACGAGUUCCGCGACUUAUAAAAAUUGUACGUAUUACAUACGUAUCUUCGAACUAGAUCAUUAGGUAUCUCAAGAAGCGAGAUUAAGCAGAAAAAUCAUGAAUCAAUAAAUAAUAUCAAUAACGGAGAGAAAGACGUAAGAACCAAAGUAUUAAGUAGCAGUGAAAGUAGGCUAGAAGCUAGCAUAGUUAUAGCAGUCCUUAUUAAUCAGUUAUCAUAAUUUGUACAAGUUAGUAUAGCGACUACAAUAAUUUGUCGUGGGCAAAUAAGCAGGAUAGCUAUUACGUUAAGCAAAUAAUUGUUUAGAGGUUAUGUAAAAACUGGGUACGUACUUAAACGAGUAAUGGAUGUCUAAUUUAUUGGAUGCAGAAAGAUCACAUGUAUCAAGAUCAAUGAUACGAGUUGUUUGCGUUAAUAAGUCUGGAACACGUACGUCUCUGGAUAAUUUAUUUUUUAGGUAAUAAUAUACUCCGCUAAAUAUUCAUAUUGACUACCUGAUUAUUCAGUUAAAUGCAGUUGAAUAUAUUGAUUAAGCAGUUACAUCAGGUGCACGUGCUACUGAAAAAUGCACUGCUCCCUGCAGCAAUGCACAAAAUAAUAAGGCAUUGAUUGUUUACGUUCUUGUAAGCAAUUAUUCAUUUUUGAUAUAUUGUUCGAUGUAUCGUCCGGCAAGAAAUGCAAGACAAUAAAAAAAAAAAAUACGAAACAAACAA